AUGUCAAAAUCUUUAGACGAUAUACCAAAAAAGUACGCGGAAGACGACGCCAACAUGUAUGACGAUACAGAAGAACCUCUUGGGUGCUAUCGGAGGAUGAUAGUUUGGUUGCGGAUAAAUCCGAAUCUCAUUAUGUUAAAAGUGACAUUGUUUGUGAUGUAUGGGGCUACGGCGUCUCUCUUACCAUACUUGACGAUACACAUGCAGAGUAUUGGAUUGACUGUGCCAGAAAUUUCGUUUGUGUAUUUAGCUUUACCGUUCACAACGUUUUUAAGUCCACCUAUAACUGGAUUUCUGGUUGAUCGCUUCGGGGAGUAUAAACCGGUAGUCAUCACAGCUCUAAUACUAAACGCAGCAUUUCAUCACUCCUUGCUUUUAAUUCCACACCAAGAAACACCAGGAGUUAUGCCAUCGGCCUACGUUAUGCGACAUCCAAUUAAAAGAAGUGUUGAGAUAUGGUGGAGUCCAUGUCCCAGUAGAGAAUGUCCAGAUGAGGACGAACAAGUAGAUUUCGUCCUCGACAGAUGUAUCGACCACUGCAUGCUAUCCAGACCAACUGAGAGUCCAUCAAGCGAUCCAGCUGAUGAUAAGGACGACCUCGACUUCCACAUCUCGCACAAAAUACGACCACCAAAUCUCUCAAACAGCAGCUUUGUUAAUAUCACCGAAUACGAUGAAGACUACAAUGAUGCAGCGUUCUUUUUGAUAGAAGUACAUGAUGAUUUAGGUGAACCAAAGGAACAGUUAGGAAUCGAAAUGGAAAGGGACGACAAUGACACUGUAACCGACUUCAGAUCAAGGUUUGGCGAGAAACUUUUGCUUGCACAAGGAGUAAAUAUAUCAGCGCUCGACAAGGAAGACUUGAGAUGUGGCGGUCUCGUGAUGCUGCAUAAUAUGACGAAACUUUCGCAACAGCGUCUUGAAACGUUAUCUGCCGACUGUAUGGUGCAAAAAUGUGAUUUUAGAAAGGGUGGCCCGGAUAUUUGUCCCCCGGAUUAUAAAGAGAGCGACGAUAAAACAUUUUACAUUUAUUUCUUUCUCCGUUUUUUGGGAACUAUCAUGUUGUCAGCCGGUGUGACAAUAAUGGAUCCGAUAGCCUUAAUGAUGAUUCAAAAAUACGGCGGAGAUUUCGGUAGAGAGAGAUUGUUUUCUAGUAUCGGUAUGGCAAUUUUCUCCCCAAUAACUGGCAUGCUUAUAGAUAUGAGGAGUAAACAAGUCGGAUAUACGGACUAUUCAGCUGCUUUCUAUACCUAUGACGCCUUACUUUUGAUAUCGGCCAUCACUGUCGCUGUAAUGCCUCUCGGAGCGAAGUUACCAGCAGAUAAUUUGUUACACGAUUUAGUAAACAUAAUCAAAAUGCCCCACAUCAUUGUAUUCAUAUUCUUCCUUUUCACCCUUGGAAAUUUCUGGGGUUUCAUCGAAUCUUAUCUGUUUUUGUAUCUGAAAGAGCUGGGAGCACCGAACUUUUUGCUCGGUAUAACGGUGACGGUCGGUACACUGAGUAGCAUUCCGUUCUUAUACGGAGCUGACGCCAUCACCUCUCGCAUCGGCCACGUCAAUGUCAUCAUCGUUGCCUUUUUCUCCCACGCCGCCAGACUCGUCGGUUAUUCGUUUAUAGAAAACUCUUGGUGGUGCUUCCCAUUUGAAGCGAUGGAGUCACUGUCUGUACAUCUGAUGUGGGUUGCGGCUGCAACGUACUGCGCUAUGUUGGCUCCUAAGAGUUUGCUUGCUACUUUGAUUGGUGUUCUCGGGAUGGCACAUUUCAGUUUGGGUAGAGGAAGCGGCAGUUUUGGGGGUGGUCUUCUUAUCGCUUCUUUAGGGACGCGAGAAGCUUUUCGCUACAUGGGGCUUAUAGCUUUCUUAGGCGGUAUAUUAUACGGUCUUCUGCACUAUUUCUGGCUUAGAAAAAUUAACAUGAAAAGUAUUCAUUCCGUAUCCGACAAUGAUACCGAAAGUGGUGAAGGAGACAAAUUAAAUGGCGAACCCUUACGGAAGGAUGCUGAAACUAUGGUGUCCCUUGAGAGACUGCACAUGAUCACUCGCUUCAACCCACUCGGUUCACUACAUUCGCUGUCCAGAGGUUCGAGAGCCAGGCUCUCCCAAGGCGACAUCAACGAACUGUGUCGCAGUCGUAGUGGCAGUAAUAGCCAGAGACGCUGCAGUAAUAUUGAAAUAUCUCCCAAAACGCCGCAGGGUUCGUCUUCUAAAGUAGAUCUCUUGAAGUCGGCGCUGGAGAUCAACCAUCAUCAGGGACGGGGACACAUCUCCAACCCUGUCUUGUCCAGUCAGAUAAGACCGACGCAUCAUUAUAAGCUAGCAAACAGCGCACCAAAGCUGACACAGCGCAACAAUAUAUCCCAACCAGCGCUGGCAGAGUUCGAUCGUCGAAGGGACUCCAUUCCAGAAGAGAUCGAAGAGGACCGCCUCGCCCCAGCUCCCAAACCAUCAAAGACCAAAAGCGAUAACUUACCUCCAACUUACGACGAAGCUACACGAGAAAAACGGAAAAGCUGGCAUUCUGAUGAUAGUACGACAACUUAGUAUCAAAUCAGGGAGGUUGCACCCGGCGAUUUUACAGCGAUUUGGUUGCGAUAAUUACAAAAAAAUAUAAAACGCGACGUCGA